CUUUGCUUCCGGGCCUUCCUUUUGCUUUUCCCCCCUGUCUUCCUCACGCUGCUUCCCCACCCCCGCGCUCUCCGCCGUCGUGUUCUGUGUUUGUCGGCGCGGCCGAGCCCUGGAGGCGAAACCUGGGGUCCGCGUGGAGAGACACAGCCCCUGUGGUCGGGAGCCGGAGCUGCGGAGCGGGCGGGCUGAGGGCAAAAGCAUGUCCUCCCUCCCUGGGUGCAUCAGUUUGGACGCAGCCCCAGCUGCAGCUGACUCUGAGGACAUUGCCGAGCUGCAGCAGGCCGUGGUCGAAGAGCUGGGCAUCUCCAUGGAGGACCUUCGUCAGUUCAUUGAUGAAGAGCUGGAAAAGAUGGACUGUAUCCAGCAGCGCAAGAAGCAGCUGGCGGAGCUGGAGACGUGGGUAGUGCAGAAGGAAUCUGAGGUGGCUUAUGUUGACCGGCUGCUUGAUGAUGCAUCCAGACCCCUUUCACUGCCCCUGUCCCAGUACUGGGUGUUGAACCUACAGACUCCUCUCCGUGAAGCUAUGGCUGCCUUAAGAAAAUCAGCUCAGGAUGUCCAGAAGUUCAUGGAUGCUGUCAACAAGAAAAGCAGUUCCCAGGAUCUACAUAAAGGAACCUUGGGUCAGAUGUCUGGAGAACUGAGCAAAGAUGGGGACCUGAUAGUCAGCAUGCGGAUCCUGGGCAAGAAGAGGACUAAGACCUGGCACAAAGGCACCCUCAUUGCCAUCCAGACUGUUGGUCUAGGAAAGAAGUACAAAGUGAAAUUUGACAACAAAGGAAAGAGUCUGCUGUCUGGCAACCAUAUUGCCUAUGAUUACCACCCUCCUGCUGACAAGCUGUUUGUGGGCAGUCGAGUGGUGGCCAAAUACAAAGAUGGGAAUCAGGUCUGGCUCUACGCUGGCAUUGUAGCUGAGACCCCCAACGUCAAGAACAAGCUCAGGUACCUGGACAGGAUCGCAGAUUGUAGGGAGCAGGAGCGGGGAGCACAGUGCCCAGCUGUUGAUGCCGUGGCCAAGAUUUCCCUGUCAGCUUUUGUGUCCUCGGUCCCUUGUGAUCAGAAACCCUUUCUCUUUUCCCUGUCAUUUCUGUAUAUGUAGCUCAGGCUACCAUCACACUUUUGUUUGUUUUUUGAGAUGGGUUUCUCUGUGUAGUCCUGGCCAUCCUGGAACUUGCUCUGUAGACCAGGCUGGCCCAGAACUCAGAGAUCUGCCUGCUCUGCCCCCUGAGAGCUGGGAUAAAGAUGUGCAGCGUCACUGCAGUUUGUCACACUUGUAAUGUGUCCUAGAUUGGUCUCAAAUCCACAACCCCCGCCUCCGUCCUGAGUCCUUUAAAGGUGUGCAGCACGCUGCCAGGUUAGAGGCAUUGUCUUAAUGGACAUUUCCUCUUCUCAGAUGAUCCUAGUUUGUGUCAAAUUUACAAAAUUAGUAGCAUACUGGAAUUCAUAAAAUUGUAGUUUAGCCAGGCAUGGUGGUAAAUGCCUUUAAUCUCAGUUUUGGAAGGCAGAGGCAGGGGGAUCUCUGAGUUGGAGGCCAGCCUGAUCUACAAAGGGAGUUUCAGGAUAGCCAGGGCUGUUAUACAGACAAACCUUGUGUCAAAAAAAUAAAAUAAAAUAAAAUAAAUAAAUAAAUCGUAGUCUAAAAAAUCUUGCUAUAUGACAGGCAGGGUCACUCACACCUAUAAUUUUGUAGUCAAAAAGCUAUGGCACAAGGAUCACUUCAGGUUAGAGGAUAGCCUGGGCUACAUGGUGAGGUCCUGUCUCAUGAAACUAUCAAUUGUUAGGUAGGUGUGGUUGCAAUUGCCUGUAAUCCCAGCACUUGGGAAUAGGGGUUAAGAGGUUCCCAGUAGUUCAGGGUCAGCAGCCUUACAUACUGGGAUCCCGUUUCAGCAAACAAAGGGGCUAGAGACUGUGUUUAAGAGCACUUGCUGCUCCUCCAGUGACCUGAGUUAGGUUUCCGGCACCCAUCUCUGAGCGCUCACAACUACCUGUAAUGCUAGCUCCAUGGGAUCUGACACCUCUGCCUGCUCACGUGCCUGCACUUCGGUACACAGACUUAAAUGUAGACAUAGAUACAUAUAAUAAAGAAUAAUAAAAACUCACCCAGGAUUACACAGAGAAAUAUUCUAUUUAAAAAAAACCAAAAGAAGGGCUGGAGAAAUGGCUUAGAGGUUAAGAGUACUGACUGCUCUUCCAGAAGU